CGUUGUUCCAAAAUCAUACAACAGCGAAAAUGUAUCAGCCUUUUGUUGUUGGACUUUCCAACUCGAUAUUAUAAAACAAAAUCAAAAUCAGAAUAUAUUUGCUCUAUAAUAUUUGAACGAUUUGAACUACUAAUUUGAAACAUCAGCUUCAUUGUUACUUGCCAACUGUCGUCUACAGUCAAUGUUGGGGAGAGUUGUCAUACACUUCAAAGUUUACUAACACUGUUUAGUACUGUUCAUAACAAUUGUUUCUACUGUUAGUACUGAAAUGCAUCAACCAUUGUAACUAACUUAGAAGUAGUAAACAUGACAACAAUAAGACAUAAAAUUCAAGAGGAAAUCUUCCAGCCAAGUGAGGAAAAAAUUAUAUCUAUGUGCCAUGUGGGCAAAUACUUAAAGAAAAAGAAGACAUCAUUCCUCUGUGUGGUGAGCACUAUCAGCAAACCAAUUAAUAUUACUAUAGUUCAGGUAAAACAGUCUGACAAGUACUUUAAACGAAAGCGAACAUGGGCAUUAGAAGAGUUAAAAACAGUUGAUGGAAAAAGUGAAGCAGCAGACGUAGCUGAUUUUGACUUGUACAUGGAUAAAGUUUAUCACUGGGUGGCUUCCACUUUACAGGAGAGACAGAAUUUUAUCAUUACAUUGUACAGGCAAUCAAAUAAAUACCUACUGCAGGAGAAGCCAAUGUUUCGAAAUGUACCAAAAUCAUGGACUGUAGAAGAGGAUUUAACACCUGAAAGUAUUAAAUUUGCAACAUCUCCUCUAAUGGGUUUAGAUAAUGAUUUAUCCGAGGAUUUUCAAGCAAUUACUGAUAAAGAACAGGAAGAUUUAUCUAAAUUAAUGACAGAUUGUGAGUUUGCAAUAAGUAAUGCAGAAGGUUUCAUGGAAGUUUUAGCCAGAGAUCUGUCAUUACUGGAUGGGGAAAAUGUGCAAUGUGUAUUGGCAUCUGAGGCUCAAGUAGAGUCACUAAUGCAGCAACUGGAGCUUGCAAUAAGUGAGGCUGAAAAGAUAGAGAACCGCUUGGAUAGUUAUGAUGAGAUUCUUAGGCACAUCAGAGAUACUAUGAAAAACAUGGAGAAAAAAAACAUGAUGAUAGAGGUAGCUGAUAGGAAUAAUUCAAGAUUAUUGCAGGAACUUGAAAAAAUAGUGACUCAACUAAAUUUGCCUCAGAAAUAUGAAGAUGCUAUUGAUGAUGCCGAUUUGACAUCUUCACAGGGUUUACGAAUUGCAGUUGAAGCAGGAAAUGCACUGCGAAAAGCAAUGAAUUCGCAGCUUGAUCCAGCAUUGGAUCGUCUUGCAGCAGUCCAGGAACAACACAAAAAGUUUGACAAACUUAAAGAAAAAUUUUCGCGCACAAUUAAUCGCCAAUUAAAUAACUUGUUUAUACAUUAUGGCAACCACAAGGGUGAGGGUGAACGCACCACUGAUGGGCUUAUUCUUCCGCAACAUAGCGCUGUUCACAAAGAGUUGAACAUGUACACGGAACUAAUGCAUUGGACCAAGGUGAUGGAUAAUUCAGCUUAUCAACAACUGCGCAAAGUUUACACGGAUUCACUGGGAAAAUUGUACGAGCGCGAUUUGAAGCUUCUAUUUGAAGUUGCAAAGGAAAAAAUUGCUGUUUCCGGACCAGUUACUACCCCCACGAGGAACACAACACUCUUGGGUUUAGACCGUGAACAAUGGUCAUCCGAAAUUGAACCCAAAGAUCGCCAUCGAUAUGAUUCCACUUUGGAACAAGUUUUAUCUUUGUUGGAACCUGUUUGUUUGCAGGAGCAACAGUUUUGUGUCAGUUUCUUCCAAUUGGAUGUUCUUAACAAUAGUUACAAGAACCCACUCACUGCACCGUAUGGUACCGAUGAACAACAGCUUGUUGUAGAUAAGAAGGCCGAGAAACAAAUUAAUGAAGACGUUCGAAAUAUGAUGGGAUCUUUGUUCUCAUGUUUAGAGGAGGAACUUGUUAGUCUCAUUGGACAUAUUGAGAAACAAGAUGCUUUUUAUUGCAUGUAUGUCCUGGUAAGACUUAAUCAGCACGUCAUGUCAGCGCAAAGUUCGUUUUUAAGCAACACGUUUGCAUCAGUUCUGAUUCAAAUUAAACGAUCGUUGGAUAGGUUCAUGCAUACGCAAAUUCAGUCGAUACAGGAGUGUAAAAUGCGGAGCAAGUCUAAAGGAAUUCUGCCAUAUGUUGUCAAUUUGGAAGAAUUUGCUCGUAAUGCGGAUGUGUUGUUGAAAAGCGAACGGCGAGCUGAUCUGGAGAAGUGGUACACUCGUUUAGUGGAUCAAAUGAUUGAUUGCAUAGCGACUCAGGCAAAUGAGAGUUCUAAAGCUCCCUCACAAGUUAUUAAAAUGGAAAAUUAUCAUCAUUUGCAUUCGUUGCUCUCACAAUUGAAGAUUUCCGUAUUGGAUUCGCAACGAAAAGAUGCGAAACAACGCUACAAUGAUGCGCUCGCAGCAUAUGUCACGCAAUAUUUUGGGAGACCUUUAGAAAAAUUAAAUACAUUUUUUGAUGGUGUUCAAGCAAGAGUAGCAAGUGGUGUCAAAGCCUUUGAAGUCAGUUAUCAACUUGCUUUUAGCAAACAGGAACUCCGUAAAGUAAUCGCACAAUAUCCAGGAAGUACUGUAAAGAGAGGCCUGGAAUCAUUAUAUAAAAAGGUUGAAAAACAUCUCAGUGAUGAUAGCAACCUAUUGCAAGUUGUUUGGCGAGCAAUGCAGGAAGAAUUUAUUCAACAAUAUAAAACUCUCGAGGAUUUAAUACAGCAAUGUUAUCCAGGUUCAAUGAUAACUCUUGAGUUUACCAUCAAUGAUAUUUUGAAUUUUUUCUCUGACAUUGCAAGAUCACAUUAACUUAAUAGCCAGAAUCAAAAAUUAUUAAUAUAAAUAAGUACAUGAAGAUGAACCUCUUUGAGAUAAUGCCUUUAAUUUGUAAAAUUUGUAGCUUCUGUUGAAUAUGUACCUUAAGUUAUAUAUUAAAAAUAUAUACUUACACAA